AUGGGUUCUAAUCACAGCGUUCAAAUUAAUAUUCAUCCUGAUCGUGCAAAUCUGUUCUAUUUUGCGGGUGAAACAGUUUCCGGAACAAUCAAUGUUCAUAUCAAUGAAGAACACAUAAAACUUGAUGAAAUUAUUCUGCUAUUAGCAGGCGAAAGUGGUUAUACAACAACUCGCGCUGUUACUGACUCGAAUGGUACAAUGCGUAGAGACACCGAAUAUCACACAAUAUCAUUUUUAAAAUCAAGAAUGAUCAUUGAAAGUCCUCCAUUAGGACAGAAAUACCUGAUCUAUAAUCCAGGGGACUAUUCAUGGCGUUUUGACAUUCCAUUGCCUUCACAACUUCCGCCUUCACUCAAUCAGCCUCGAAGUUAUCCUCACGUUCGAUAUUACUUGAAAUUAGUGAUGGAUAAACCGUGGUACAAACACAAUGUACGUGAAUUUCUCUAUUUGACAGUAUUUCCACGUAUCGAUCUAUUGCAAAGUGCACAGUUGCCCACCCCAACGAUGUUUAGUAAGCAGAACCGGAAGGAUGUUAUUCUUAGAGGAAGCAUGAAUAAGCUCGCCUAUUUGCCAGGCGAGUUAAUUACGGGAACACUGGAAGUGAACAAUCCUCGUCGAAGUUUAUUGAAACGUAUCGAAUUAUCAUUAACACAAUUUUAUGAAAUUGAAUCUAAAACGAAGCAAGAGAAAAUAAUCCACACGAUUCUACCAAUAGUAGAUCAUCGAAAUGACGAACAUAUCAUGGGCAAAUUUUCAGUGGCUAUACCUUUUCUUCCGUUACCUCCGUCUUAUAAUUUCCACCAUGGAUAUGAUCACAAAACGCAAGUCAAUGUUCAUUAUGAUCUGGAAUUUCAAGUGAAAGUCGAAGGAACGUUUACCAAUUUUGAUAUUUCAUUACCUGUCACUAUACUUAGCGACUCCAACACGAAUUCGAAUAGCUAUGAAUCACGUCAAACAACGAACUUUCCACCCAAUUCCCUACCUCAUUAUUCCGAAAUAGACAUUGAAGAUGAGACUGAUCCUCCACCAAGUUACGACUCUAUUGCAUUUCCUAAUUAUUUGCAUGAGUAUUUACGAGAAUGA